AUGCGAGUAUCUGUCAUUCAGGAUCUCAGGGAGGAUGAAAAUGGGGAUGGGGAAGAAGAAGAAAAGGUCUUCCUCAAGCCUGUUAUUGAGGACAGAAAUAUGGAACUGGCCCUAAAAUGCAGUGAAAUAAUCAGUGAUAUACACUAUAAAGAAGAGUUUAAAAAAUCUAAAGGCAAGUGCAUAUUUGUACCUGACACCCCGCAGCUAAAACAUGUGAAAAGUCUUGGUGCUUUUAUUUCUGAGGUGAAGUAUAAGGGAGCUGCUAAAAAAGACCUUUCCAACUCUCUUUAUCAGCAGAUGCCAGCCACAAUUGACAGCGUAUUUGCAAAGGAAUUAAUGCAACUUCAGAGCAAGGUUCUCUAUAAACAAAAGCAUGAUGCUGAGAAAGGAACUUCAGAUUAUGCACAUAUGAAGGAGCCUCCAGAUAUUAAGCAUGCUAUGGAAGUCAAUAAAUACCAGAGUGAUGUAUCUUACAAGAAGGAUGUGCAAGAUACUCAUAGAUACACUGAAGUGCUGAACAGACCAGACAUAAAGAUGGCAACUGAGAUAACAAAGAUAGUGAGCGAUGCUGAGUACAAGAAAGGAAGGGGAGAGAUGAAUAAGGAGCCUACUGUACUUGGAAGACCAGAUUUUGAACAUGCUAAAGGAGUUUCAAAACUGUUAAGCCAAGUGAAAUACAAAGAGCAGUUCAGUAAGGAAAUGAAGAGCCAUCAGUACAAUCCUCUUGACAGUGUUUCCUUCAAGCAAGCACAGAUUGCAUCCACCUUGGCAAGUGAUGUAAAUUACAAGAAAGAUUUGGAAAGCCUACAUGAUCCAGCUUCUGAUCUGCCAAAUCUGCUAUAUUUAAACCAUGCUUUAAAUAUCAGCAAAACUCAUAGCAAUUAUGAAUAUAAGAAAUCAUUUAAGCAAAGCAAGGGCUUUUAUGAUUUCACCCUGGAUACAACCAAGCAAAUCCAUCACAAAGAUAUUGCAGUGCUUCAAACAGGUACAAAUAAAAGUGCAUUUCAGAGUGAUGCUCCUGAGCCUGAAAGAGUCAAAUACAAAGAGAAUUAUGAAAAAUCUAAAGGCAGAUCAAUGCUGGAGUUUGUGGAUACACCAAUGUAUCAAGUUUCAAAGGAAGCUCAAAAGAUGCAAAGUGAGAAAAUGUAUCGCAAAGAUUUUGAAGAAGAGAUCAAGGGAAAACCCUCAAUGGAUUUAGACAAGACCCCAGAGUUCUUGCAUAUAAAACAAGUCACUAACUUUCUGAAAGAGAAAGAGUACAGAAAAGAUUUGGAAGAAGGAAUGAAAGGAAAAGGAAUGACAGUGUUUGAAGAUACACCAGAUUUGAUUAGAGUGAAAAAUGCAGCUCAGAUACUAAAUGAGAAACAAUACAAGAAAGACCUGGAAACAGAAAUUAAAGGGAAGGGCAUGGAUGUAGGUCCAGAUACUCCUGAGAUAAGAAGAGCCAAGAAAGCUUCUGAAAUUGCAAGCAUGAAAGAAUACAAGAAAGACUUGGAAAAUGAAAUUAAAGGAAAGGGAAUGGGAGUGGGCACGGAUACCCCUGAUAUACAACGAGCCAAAAAAGCCUCUGAAAUAGUAAGCCAGAAAGAAUAUAAAAAGGAUCUGGAGACUGAAAUUAUAGGGAAAGGAAUGCAAAUUGGCCCAUAUACUCCUGAAAUACAACGUGUCAAAAGGGCUUCAGAAAUAGCAAGCCAGAAAAUGUACAAAGAUGAAGCAGAGAAGAUGCUCUGUAACUAUUCUGCUGUCCCAGACACUCCAGAAAUGGAGAGGAUAAGAAGUACUCAGAAAAACAUCAGCUCAGUGUUUUAUAAGAAGGAAGUAGGAGCUGGCACAGCUGUAAAAGAGACUCCAGAGAUUGAAAGAGUAAAGAAAAAUCAACAGAAUAUUAGUUCGAUUAAAUACAAGGAAGAACUUCGUCGUGCAACAACUAUUUCUGAUCCACCUGAACUGAGGAGAGUUAAAGAAAACCAGAAGAAUAUUAGCAAUGUUCAGUACAAAGAACAGCUCUGCAAAGCUACACCUGUGAGUGUCACCCCUGAGAUGGAAAGAGUCAAGAAGAAUCAAGAGAAUGUCAGCAUGGUUCACUACAGAGAGCAGCCUGGCAAAGCUACUGCUGUGAGUGUCACUCCAGAGAUAGAGAGAGUCAAGAAGAAUCAAGACAAUAUCAGCUCGGUCAAGUACAGCAGUGAUCAGAGGCAGAUGAAAGGUAGAUGUAGUGUGCUUCUAGACACACCUGAGCUAAGGCAUGUCAAAGAAACACAAAACAACAUCUCAAUGGUAAAAUAUCAUGAAGAUUUUGAGAAGACAAAGGGUAGAGGCUUCACUCCAGUGGUAGAUGAUCCUGUAACAGAGCGUGUGCGGAAAAACACCCAAAUUGUGAGUGACGCAGCAUAUAAAGGUGUGCAUCCACAUAUUGUUGAAAUGGAUAGAAGACCUGGAAUAAUUGUUGAUCUUAAAGUUUGGCGCACAGAUCCUGGCUCCAUCUUCGACAUUGAUCCUCUGGAGGACAAUAUUCAGUCUAGGAGUCUGCAUAUGCUUUCUGAAAGAGCAAGCCGUUACAGUAAGCAAUAUGUACAUUCUACCAGUUUGGGAGAGUAUAAAUCAGAUGGUUCAGACACGAACCCUACCUUUUCUUACUGCAGUGAGAUAACAAGGCCAUCUGAUGAAGGAGCCCCUGUUCUCCCUGGGGCAUAUCAGCAAAGCCAGACCCAAGGAUAUGGAUACAUGCACCAGACCAGUAUGUCAUCUAUGCGGUCCAUGCAUUCACAGCCCCAUUCAGCAAGUCUGAGAACCUACAGAGCUAUGUAUGACUACAGUGCUCAAGAUGAAGAUGAAGUUUCCUUCAGGGAUGGUGAUUAUAUCAUCAAUGUGCAACCAAUUGAUGAUGGCUGGAUGUAUGGUACUGUUCAGAGAACUGGGAAAACAGGAAUGCUUCCAGCAAAUUAUAUUGAGUUUGUUAACUGAUUUUUGUCUCUAUUCCUUUGAGCUUUAUUAUGAUUUACUUAGAAUCUGACCUUUUAGAAAAAAUCAGAAGAAUCUUUUAAGAGUACAUGUUCAUUACUUUAUCACUGCUGUAACAGUCUGCAUUCUCACUCAGAA